AUGAAGGUCAAGAUGAACAAGACAGGAAAAGCCCAGGACAUACUGACAGACUGGCUGGCGUCGACUAAGGUGACCGCUGCGGCUUGGCCCGCCCAUCCCCAUGAUCACAUGACUCUGGACAUGGACGCGGUCCUGUCGGACUUCGUCAGGUCCACGGGAGCUGAGCCGGGCCUGGCUAGAGACCUGCUGGAAGGUAAGAACUGGGACCUCAGCGCGGCCCUCAGUGACUACGAGGAGCUCAGGCAGGUCCACACUGCCAACCUGCCCGCUGUCUUCAACGAGGGCCAUUACUACCGGCAGCCGGACCAUGACACCCCCCAGCACCUCAGCAAGGUGGAUCGGCCCAGCGUCCAGAGGCAGGAGGAUAACACGCAAGAGAAGCGUCUGUCCAGAGGCAUCUCCCAUGCCAGCUCUGCCAUUGUGUCGUUGGCACGGUCCCACGUGGCCAGCGAGUGUAUCAGUGAGCAGUUUCCUCUGGAGAUGCCCAUCUACACGUUCCAGCUCCCGGAUCUCAGCGUCUACAGCGAAGACUUCCGGACCUUCAUCGAGAGGGACCUCAUCGAGCAGUCCACCAUGGUGGCCCUGGAACAGGCUGGUCGUCUGAACUGGUGGUCCACUUCUAGCUGUAAACGUCUCCUUCCUCUUGCCACUACUGGAGACGGCAACUGUCUUCUUCACGCUGCGUCUUUAGGUAUGUGGGGCUUCCAUGACAGAGACCUUGUUCUGAGGAAGUCCCUGUAUGCCAUGAUGAAGAGUGGAGCGGAGAGGGAGGCCCUGAAGAGGAGGUGGAGGUGGCAGCAGACCCAACAGAACAAAGAGGAGGAGUGGGAGAAGGAGUGGAACGAGCUGUUGAAGUUGGCCUCCAGUGAGCCGCGGAUACACACCAGCAAGAACAACAACACCACUGGAGGGGCGGACGACUUGGAGGACCCGGUGUAUGAGAGCCUGGAGGAGUUCCACGUUUUUGUCCUGGCUCACGUGCUGCGCAGACCCAUCGUGGUGGUGGCCGACACCGUGCUCAGAGACUCUGGAGGGGAGGCGUUUGCCCCCAUCCCGUUUGGAGGUCUGUACCUGCCGCUGGAGGUGCCCCCAAACCGAUGCCACUGCUCCCCGCUGGUCCUGGCUUACGACCAGGCUCACUUCUCCGCCCUGGUUUCUAUGGAGCAGAAGGAGCAACACCAGGAGCAAGCGGUGAUCCCGCUGACCGACUCCGAACACAAGCUGCUGUCUCUCCACUUCGCCACGGACCCAGGGAAGGACUGGGACUGGGGGAGAGAUGACAAUGACAACACCAAGCUGGCGAAUCUAAUCCUGUCUUUGGAAGCCAAGCUGAACCUGCUGCACAACUACAUGAACGUCACAUGGAUCCGGAUCCCGUCAGAGACCAGGGCUCCCCUGGCCCAGCCGGAGUCGCCCACGGCGUCCCACGGCGGCGACGACGCCCAAUCCCUGGCCGACUCCAUGGACUCCGACCGCGACUCUGUGUGCAGCAACUCGAAUGUCAACGGCGCCAAGGCGCCCGGCAAGGAGAAGGACCCCAAGGAGAAGGCCGAGAGGCAGCAGCGACGGAAGGACAAGACGCGCACGGACUCCGUGGCCAACAAGCUGGGCAGCUUCAGCAAGACCCUCGGCAUCAAGCUGAAGAAGAACAUGGGAGGCCUGGGAGGCCUGGUGCACGGCAAGAUCAACCGCGCCAACUCCGGAGGCAACGGGAGGAGUGGUGGGACGGCGGCCAACGGGGGAGGCGCAGAGAGCAACGGCGAGAAGAAGAAGGAGAAAAAGGAAGGGAAAGGCCGGAAGGAGGGAGCCGCAGGGGAGAAGGAGGCGCAGUCCGGACAGUCCGCGAGCACGUCUUUCUCCUCCGAUAAGACCGCCAGCCCCUCGCCGACCGAGCGCCCCCCGGGCAUGCCCUCUCCUCCCGGGGAGAGAGACAAGGACAGGGGGGGCCUUCUGGCCAGGCUGGUGGGGGAUAAGGCCAUGUCGGAGCACUGGAAGUACAGCACAGACGUCAAGCUGAGCCUGAAUAUCCUCAGGGCAGCCAUGCAGGGUGAGAGGAAGUUCAUCUUCGCCGGCCUCCUCCUCACCUCCCACCGUCACCAGUUCCACGAGGAGAUGAUCUCCUUCUACUUGACGUCCGCUCAGGAGCGCUUCUCUGCCGAGCAGGAAACGAGGCGGAAAGAGGGAGAGAAGAAGGUUGCAGCCAGCAACGCCACCACCGCCACCACCGCAACCACCGCAACCACAACUACAACCAACGGGCCUUCUGCUCUGAAGAGGCCUGAGCAGGAGAGUGCCCCUCAACGGGAGAGGGAGAGGGAGAGGGAAAGAGAGAGGGAACGAGAGAGGGAACGAGAGGACCUCCUGUCUUCCCCAGCCAGACACCACCAAAGCCAUAACCCCCACAUCCCUCCCCAGCUGGCCCUGAAGAUGCCGGGCCGCCACAGCUCCUCGCCCCACUCCUCCCCUAGUAACGGUGCUACCAGGCGACCCGGCUCCGUUCCCCCGGGCCCAGCCCCUGCCACGGUCCCUGUGUCGGCCCACUACAGCCAUACCCCUCCCAUCCAGAGAUCCAGCGUCAUCCACCUCAGAGACGUCAGCGUCCAGGCCCUACGGACCUCCCUCCAGCCGGAGGAGCCCCAGCCGAGCUACAAGCCAGCCCUGUUGGGCACCCUGAAGACCUGCGCCACGUACCCACAGCAGAACCGCUCCCUCUCCUCCCAGAGCUACUCCCCCGCCCGCUUGUCGGGGGUGCGUCUGGGCGGCGGGGUCAAUCACGUCACCCCGGAGCCCUACAGCAUGCCCGGGGAGCUCAAGUCCCACACGUACACCGACGGCUUCAGUGCCAGGGACAUACAGGACUGCCUGGAGUUCGCCGACACUGACCUGCCCCCGACCUGGGGGAGUGGCGGCGGGGGCGGCGGAACCGGGUCGGAAAAGGUUAAAGGUCGGGUCACCGGCUUUGGGGGGUGCCCUGUGUACUGCGUGCAGCAGAGGAGGUGCAAGAGGGAUAACUGCUCCUUCUACGGCCGACCAGAGACGGACAACUACUGCUCCUAUUGCUUCAAGGAGGAGAUUAAACGCAGGGAGAGGGAGACAAAGACUGUGGAAGGGGGUUGCAGCUUCAGCAAGACCCUCGGCAUCAAGCUGAAGAAGAACAUGGGAGGCCUGGGAGGCCUGGUGCACGGCAAGAUCAACCGCGCCAACUCCGGAGGCAACGGGAGGAGUGGUGGGACGGCGGCCAACGGGGGAGGCGCAGAGAGCAACGGCGAGAAGAAGAAGGAGAAAAAGGAAGGGAAAGGCCGGAAGGAGGGAGCCGCAGGGGAGAAGGAGGCGCAGUCCGGACAGUCCGCGAGCACGUCUUUCUCCUCCGAUAAGACCGCCAGCCCCUCGCCGACCGAGCGCCCCCCGGGCAUGCCCUCUCCUCCCGGGGAGAGAGACAAGGACAGGGGGGGCCUUCUGGCCAGGCUGGUGGGGGAUAAGGCCAUGUCGGAGCACUGGAAGUACAGCACAGACGUCAAGCUGAGCCUGAAUAUCCUCAGGGCAGCCAUGCAGGGUGAGAGGAAGUUCAUCUUCGCCGGCCUCCUCCUCACCUCCCACCGUCACCAGUUCCACGAGGAGAUGAUCUCCUUCUACUUGACGUCCGCUCAGGAGCGCUUCUCUGCCGAGCAGGAAACGAGGCGGAAAGAGGGAGAGAAGAAGGUUGCAGCCAGCAACGCCACCACCGCCACCACCGCAACCACCGCAACCACAACUACAACCAACGGGCCUUCUGCUCUGAAGAGGCCUGAGCAGGAGAGUGAAAGGGAGAGAGAGAGAGACACCUCGCCCCCUCCUCCUCCUCCCUCCUGCCCUCCACCUGCUGCUCCCCUACCCCAGGACCUCCUGUCUUCCCCAGCCAGACACCACCAAAGCCAUAACCCCCACAUCCCUCCCCAGCUGGCCCUGAAGAUGCCGGGCCGCCACAGCUCCUCGCCCCACUCCUCCCCUAGUAACGGUGCUACCAGGCGACCCGGCUCCGUUCCCCCGGGCCCAGCCCCUGCCACGGUCCCUGUGUCGGCCCACUACAGCCAUACCCCUCCCAUCCAGAGAUCCAGCGUCAUCCACCUCAGAGACGUCAGCGUCCAGGCCCUACGGACCUCCCUCCAGCCGGAGGAGCCCCAGCCGAGCUACAAGCCAGCCCUGUUGGGCACCCUGAAGACCUGCGCCACGUACCCACAGCAGAACCGCUCCCUCUCCUCCCAGAGCUACUCCCCCGCCCGCUUGUCGGGGGUGCGUCUGGGCGGCGGGGUCAAUCACGUCACCCCGGAGCCCUACAGCAUGCCCGGGGAGCUCAAGUCCCACACGUACACCGACGGCUUCAGUGCCAGGGACAUACAGGACUGCCUGGAGUUCGCCGACACUGACCUGCCCCCGACCUGGGGGAGUGGCGGCGGGGGCGGCGGAACCGGGUCGGAAAAGGUUAAAGGUCGGGUCACCGGCUUUGGGGGGUGCCCUGUGUACUGCGUGCAGCAGAGGAGGUGCAAGAGGGAUAACUGCUCCUUCUACGGCCGACCAGAGACGGACAACUACUGCUCCUAUUGCUUCAAGGAGGAGAUUAAACGCAGGGAGAGGGAGACAAAGACGCAAGGCAGGCCCGGAUAGCCCCUGUCACUGUGCCAGCCCCAAGUAGUAGGACUGUAGCAUGAGGUACUACCAUGAGGUACUACCAUUAGGUACUACCAUGAGGUACUAUCAUAAUGUAAUACCAUGAGGCACCACAAUAAAGUGCUAACAUGAUGUGCUAUUAUGAAGUACUACCAUGAUGUGCUGUUAUGAAAUACUACCAUGAGGUACUACCAUGAAGUACUACCAUGAUGUGCUAUUAUUACAUACUGCCAUGAAGUACUAUCAUGCUGCAGGUACUGCGAAAGGUGCUGGACAGAGCAGAAGAGUGUUCAUAGAAGCAAAGAUAAAAUAGAUCUAUUGUAUCUACUGUAUGUGGACAAAUAAUUAUACAGCAACAAACAGAGAUAAACAGAACGAAGACAGACAGACGGAUGGAAAUGCUCGGAGCAAGGCGAUCUCCCGCUCUGUUUAAGUCUCUGGAUUCCUGUCCCUUCUCUCUCUGUGUACAGUACAGUAGGUUACUGUAAGGGACGCAAGGACUUCAUGAGAAGCAGAGUGGAUCUCUUUCCUGUUAAGAUCUUUGGCCAGAAAUGUGUAACAUAGUGGGGGUUUUCUCAUGUGGUUCCACUUCAACUUGAGUUUUGGUAGGGACAUGUUUGCGCUUAUUGCCCAGAACUUGUAAGAAAUAAUUUCAGGCACAUACAAAUAAAAUAGAAAAGUUAAUUGUUGUGCUGUGGACACAUCUGCAGCUGUAUUUUAUAAAGUGUAAACCCAAAUGCAAUAUGCUGCUUUGAUCUUAAAACCUUCGACCAUCCAACCUGAAGGCACAUAUUGAUGUCUGAAAUGUUUUUUUCUUCCCUAGCCACUUGUCUAAACCUUGUCUUUCGUCUAUGCAUUGUGACUUCAGCAGGGAGUUCACACAGCCCAGAUACAGAUCCUCAGAAGGCAUCAUAGGUAGAUGUUCAAUAAAUCGCUAACGGACACACACAUUGGAAAAUUGCUCGUCCUGUGUGGUCAAAAUGCACUUUCGUAAGUUAGGUCUAUGUACUUUAAAUAAAUACAGGGUUAAAUAACGAAAAUCAAUUUGGUCUAAAUGACUCAUACUGCAAGUCACUAGUGUGGAAGGGGGUUGUGGUUUGUGUGAUUCAUGUGCUCAGUAUUUUUUAUCAGCAAGCGAUUGUCUUACUGGGUGUUUCUUCCAUUCUGUUUCACAUUUAAAUGUCUUUCUAGUGUUGAUUACCACACUGAUUGACACUACAUCCCGGCCAAAGAUGUUACUGGGGUACAGAGGACGCUCUGCGAACUCACUGCAGUUUGUGUUCCUUUUUAUGUGACUGGUUCAUGGACUGUCACCAUUUCAAUGUAAAAUAUUAUUUUGUAUUCGUUUGAGAGUUUUACACAACUUAAAUUAUUAAUUUGCACAUUAGAUACCAAUGUACAAAGCAAAAAUGAGGAACAAAAAAAGAUUAGUAUAUUGUUAAAAAAAGAGAGAGUUUUUGUGUGUGGACUAGAGAAUGUUAUGAUUAUAUUGGGAAUUUACAAGCCAAGGCUAUAAAAGUGUAAUAUAGAAAAUAUUUUUAUAUGAUUUUCACAAAAUGCCAUGAAGCAAUAUUUUGCGCUUUUUCUUAGGGACACCGUUUUCACUUUGGUAAGUUACUUUAGGUGCACGGCCAUUUGGGGCAGGAUGGGGGCUUCUGUGAGACCCAGAUUUGAAGGGUAUACGUUGUUUGGUCAGUCGGGCGGUUGCUCGGUUGGUUGCGGGAAAUAAUUACCAAGGGAGGGGAGAAAACACCGACAUUAGGGGUAUUCAAAUAUGAGCCCGGAGGUUUAGAUUACUGCUGAUUUUCUUUUCUACCUCAUCAUCAGUUGCACCUCCUGGUACACCGAGAAUAUAAAUCAGUCCCUGAUUAGAAUGGAGGAAUAAAAAAAAUCUGCAGUGAGGCUUCAAGGUACAUCUCCUAUAUUAUUGUCAUUAUUGCUUCAGUCAAUCUCGCGUUGAAGGUCGAGUGGGUGUUUCAAAAGUACUUACAAUUGCCUGGACUACAGGUGUGUACCGGACAGCCUCCGUGAAGCUCCACCGGGCUGCGUGUUACAGGCAAACUGUAUCAGGAUUCACCCAGCGUCUAAAUACCAACAGUGACUCUAGUCUGACUCACGCUACGUAUGAGGUAAAGUCACAAGUGGAGGGUGGAUGCGAUCAGAUUAACAUUUCAAUAUGUAAAAGCACAGCAUUUAUAUACUUCCACUGUGUUUUUUCUAGCCUGACCAUGUCACUAAUUGUCUUGUGCGUGGAAACAGUGUAGAUUCAGGGCCAGACUGUGUUCCAAAGGGGUGUAGAUUCAGGGCCAGACCGUGUUCCAAAGGGGUGUAGAUUCAGGGCCAGACCGUGUUCCAAAGGGGUGUAGAUUCAGGGCCAGACUGUGUUCCAAAGGGGUGUAGAUUCAGGGCCAGACUGUGUUCCAAAGGGGUGUAGAUUCAGGGCCAGACCGUGUUCCAAAGGGGUGUAGAUUCAGGGCCAGACCGUGUUCCAAAGGGGUGUAGAUUCAGGGCCAGACCGUGUUCCAAAGGGGUGUAGAUUCAGGGCCAGACCGUGUUCCAAAGGGGUGUAGAUUCAGGGCCAGACCGUGUUCCAAAGGGGUGUAGAUUCAGGGCCAGACUGUGUUCCAAAGGGGUGUAGAUUCAGGGCCAGACCGUGUUCCACAGGUGGUGCUGAUCAGAAGGUACUACACCUUCCUGUCAGCCAAUUUGGUACAGCAGGAGUUAAUUCCGCAGCAACAUAAAAUGUGAAAUAUUAUGUGAAUUCUAAUUAAUGGAUAACAUUUUUUUUUAGGUUUUUCAUUAGGUGGGAAUUAAAUAUGCAUUCCGGGAUUUUUCUGGCUUCCGUUUUGGGCUGGGUGUGUAAUGUUGUUUUCUAUGUGCGUAGUCUAUAAGUGGAAUCGCUGUCAUACCUCAUUUGAAAUCCAAGUUUGAAAUCGAGUGGUUUUGAUGACACUGGGCACGUAUCAGCCCAUACGUGACAGAGUCACAAACAGUUGCGCUGGACAGGGCCCACAACCAGUGGUAAAAAAUCCCAGAAUGCAUCUUUAAGUGUGACACCCCAAAGUGGAAUAUCCUGUCUUCAGAAGACAUAGCGGAUCUCAAAAUUACAGAAGUUUUAAAAAGCCCUGCAUUGCAGAAAUCCUGUCCUAAGACAGUGAUCACUCCGAUGUCCUAAUAUAUCUGUAUGAUCCAUUGUCUAAACCAUUGAAGACCCAGUGGAUCCAGGAUGAGCAAGCCCACUUCUGGAGUCUUCAUGGAUGCAGCCCCUUGGAGACGGAUAUUUAGAGGCUCGACUUUUAGAAUUCAAGAUUUGGUUCUAAUUCCUGACAUUCGGUUACAUUUGACUGUUUGAAUAUUGCCCAUGCAGUGUCAACAGGGCUUUAAAUGGCCGCUGUGCACCUUGGCAGUUUGAUCUAAAUGCAGUAGCGGAAGUCGCGCUGGGCCAACUCUCUAAACGAAUGACUCUGGUGACCCCGGUGGCUUGCCGUAGAGAGAGAACCCACCGUUGAGUCCUAUGGAGGUGUUGGUGUGGAGCAGAUAUCCACUGUCAUCCCUUGUCUUGUCCUCACCUCGCCCAGUUCACGGUAGGCAUAUCCCAGCUGAGUCCUAGCGUGUCCAUGGCGACGUGGCUCGGUGUGUGUGUGUGUGUGUGUGUGUUUGUCCGUUCUUCUGUUUGUAUGUGUGAGACUUGUGUGUCGGUCAAAUCUGAAAUACCCCAGAGUUGUCCUGGUCGGGGUACGGGGCUUGUCAACAACGGUUUGAAAUCUACCUUCACGUUUUUGAUUUGCAAUAAUAACGAAUUGUCCUUGAUUUCCUGUUGUCGGUUUUGCCCGCCACCUAUUGUUUUCAGUCAGCUGUGUUCCAGUACAAUGUCCCUGUGGUUGAAGUGUAAAAGAAGCCAAAUUUAAGUGUCCUAGUUUGCCCCACAUUGCAAUAAAAAUAGAGACCUUUGAAAAAUUGGAAUAUCCAACCCUUUAUUUAAAAAGAAAGCACUGUUGUGAUAUUUCAAAAAAAUCUAUAAAAAAAGAAGCUUUAGCGCCAAUACUUCCCAGUGAGUGUAUGAGGUGAUUCUGCUGUUUGUUUUGUUUGGUCUUACCUUGUGAGAGGUAUUGUGUGGUUCAUGUAGCCCAUGAGCAAUGGGAUUGUAUGUGUUCAUAUCAAAAAUAAUAAGAAUAACAAUCAUUUA